CCCCCCCCCCCUCCUUCCCUCCUGCCCCCUCCUCCUCCCUCUCGCCCGGCCCACCAUGCCAUCCAGCGGCCGCGACGCGGCGCCCGGUGUCCUGUCCGGCGGCACUCUGUCCCCUCUGGCCAUCAGCCUCAUCUCUGGCGGUGUGGCCGGGACAUGCGUCGACAUUGCCCUCUUCCCGCUGGACACGCUGAAGACCCGCCUGCAGCACCCCCUCGGGUUCCAGGCGUCCGGCGGCUUUCGCGGGGUGUACGCCGGGCUCGGGUCGGCGGUUCUCGGCUCGGCUCCCAGCGGGGCGCUCUUCUUCAUGACGUAUGAUCUGCUCCGGCGGCGCCUGGCCCAGGUGCCGGGGUUCCAGCUGGAGGCCGGCGCGGCCGGCGGCCCGGCCCGGCCCAAUGUCCUGGGGCACCUGGUGGCUGCUAGCCUCGGCGAGGUGGCCGCCUGCCUGGUCCGCGUGCCGACCGACAACCUCAAGCAGAACAUCCAGGCCGCGCACUUUGCCUCCAUGCGGGAUGGCCUGGCCCAGCUGGCCCGGGGGGAGGGCCUCCGCCGGGGGCUCUUCCGCGGCUACGCCAGUACCAUUGCCCGCGAUGUGCCCUUCACCUGUGUGCAAUUCCCGCUGUACGAUUGGCUCAAGCGCCGGGCGGCCGGCUGGCGUGCGGCCGGCCUCGCCGGCGGGGACCUCCGCCCGGAGGAAAUCCUCACCGGCCCGGAGAUGGCCCUCUGCGGGGCGCUGGCCGGUGCCACGGCCGCCGGCGUGUCCACCCCGCUGGAUGUGGCCAAGUCCCGCAUCAUCCUGCAUGAUCGCGGGCGAGGCACCGGCCGGGCCGGGCCCGCCCGCCCGCCCCCGGGGGCCCUGCGCAUGCUCUGGCAGAUCUACCACCAGGAGGGCGGCCGGGUCCUCUUCCGGGGGGUUGUCCCCCGGGUCCUGUGGAUCGGCGUCGGCGGGUCCAUCUUCCUCGGCAUCUACGAGCAGGGCAAUGCCCCACCCUAG